CCGGUGUCAAUGUCACUGUCAUUUACGUCCGCGGUGCUUCUUGUGAAAUUCCGGACUUUUCGCGAGUUGGUUCAAUUAAAAUACCGGAAGGCCUGCAAUAAUCUUGGUUCUCGUCUAAUUUAACUUGAAAAUACAGUUAGACAUUCACAAUGGUUGUGCGACAAUACAAUGAAGAGCUCAAGUACCUGGAAAAAAUUACGGACAGUUGCUGGCGUAUCAAAAAAGGCUUCCAACCGAACAUGAACGUUGAAGGAUGUUUCUACGUGAACGCCAAACUCGAGAAACUAAUGUUGGAUGAGCUGCGAAAUGCAUGCAGACCGGGUAUGGUUGGUGGCUUCCUGCCAGGCGUUAAGCAAAUUGCGAAUGUCGCCGCGUUACCCGGAAUUGUGGGACGUUCCGUAGGACUACCCGAUAUCCACUCAGGUUAUGGUUUCGCCAUUGGAAAUAUGGCAGCGUUCGAUAUGGAUGAUCCUAAAAGCAUCGUAUCACCCGGAGGUGUGGGCUUCGAUAUCAAUUGCGGCGUCCGCUUGCUCCGCACGAAUCUCUUCGAAAAAGAUGUGAGCCCGGUUAAGGAGCAAAUCGCGCAAUCGCUGUUCGAUCAUAUUCCUGUUGGUGUGGGAUCCAAGGGCAUCAUUCCCAUGAACGCCAGGGACAUGGAGGAAGCACUCGAAAUGGGCAUGGACUGGUCGCUUCGUGAAGGCUACGUCUGGGCUGAAGACAAGGAGCACUGCGAGGAGUACGGUCGCAUGCUGAAUGCCGAUCCCUCCAAAGUCAGCUUGCGAGCGAAGAAGCGCGGCCUGCCUCAGUUGGGAACUCUCGGCGCAGGAAACCAUUAUGCUGAAAUUCAAGUGGUGGAUGAGAUUUUUGACAAGUGGAGUGCGUCGAAAAUGGGAAUUGAAGAGACCGGUCAGGUCUGUGUCAUGAUUCACUCGGGAAGUCGUGGAUUUGGGCACCAAGUCGCGACUGAUGCUCUGGUUCAGAUGGAGAAGGCUAUGAAGAGGGACAAGAUCGAAACAAACGAUCGACAGCUGGCCUGUGCACGAAUCAAUAGCCAGGAGGGGCAGGACUACUUGAAGGCCAUGGCCGCUGCAGCUAAUUUUGCGUGGGUGAACAGGAGUUCCAUGACAUUCUUGACAAGACAGGCAUUCGCAAAACAAUUCCGUACUACGCCGGAUGACUUGGAUAUGCACGUAAUUUACGAUGUAUCUCAUAACAUUGCCAAAGUUGAAAACCACAUUGUAGAUGGAAAGGAACGCCGCUUACUUGUUCACCGAAAAGGAUCAACUCGUGCAUUCCCCCCUCAUCAUCCACUAAUUCCGGUAGAUUAUCAACUCACAGGUCAACCAGUUCUUGUUGGCGGCACUAUGGGCACUUGCAGUUACGUUUUGACCGGAACUGAACUUGGCAUGAAUGAAACAUUCGGUUCGACAUGUCAUGGAGCGGGUCGAGCUCUAUCUCGUGCCAAGUCCAGGCGAAACUUGGAUUAUUUGAAUGUACUUGAUAAAUUGCAGGAACAAGGAAUUGCCAUUCGUGUUGCCUCCCCAAAACUGGUAAUGGAAGAAGCACCCGAGUCAUAUAAGGACGUCACCGAUGUAGUGAAUACAUGCCAUGCAGCUGGAAUUAGUAAAAAAUGUAUAAAGCUUAGACCAAUUGCAGUUAUUAAAGGUUGAACGUUUAUGCGAAUUUUCUAAUGUUUACAUUAAUUGAAUUUUAAGUCUGAUUUCAUUCGAUUUUUCCCCGAAUAAUACCCAGCUAAUGGAUUUAUUCAUAAUAAUUUGUAACUGUUUGAUUAAUUUAAUAUAAUUAACGGAAGUAAAGCAGUA